AUGAGUCGUGAACAAACCAAAGCGGCCCAUUAUAUUCAGCUCCUGGACACGGCUCGUUGCGAAGGUAAUUGGGAUGCUGUGCCAGAACUUGUUAGGAAGGUUAGGAAACAUGCGCCUUCGCGGAUAUGCCUCACGUUGACCGCAGAGACUGAACAUGCAGUUACACAACAUUGUCUUAAAACAUUGACCUCUGCCACGCGGCCAUCGACAGCUGGUUCUACCUCCUCAGAUCUGUCCAGAUAUAUACCGCCACUCUUAGAAGCUAUAUCAAACGAACGACAACAUGUUGAAGAUGAAUUCCAGGCGCAAGUUUGUGUUGGCUGGAUACAUUGGCAUAUUGGGGAACAUGCCCUGGCAGCUUCGAGUUUACCUGACAGUAUAGAAGCGGAAUUUUCUCAACUUGAUGGGACGAACAAAGAAUCGAACGAAUGGACGAAAGUGUGUGCACUCAAGGCGUCGUUUAUCAAAGGGGAUUCGCAACGGAGGACUGGACAUUUGGCAGAAGCAUUGGAAACCUUUGAUUCCGCUCUGCCAAUAUUGGCGAGCGUAUCAUCUUCACCGCCAUCGGCCGGCCGAAAGGAAUUGAACACUUGGAUUGAAGAAUUAUUGGCAGGAUCUUGCAUGCUCUCAAGUCAUGCUAUCAAAACAAAAAUUUCCCCAACACUCGAGACCGAAACAUUAUCAGCAUUUCGUGCAUGGGCAAGAUUUUGGGAAUGGGCUCCAACGAAGCCACUAGGUCGCGCACUGCAUGCUGAAACCUCAAGGCGACAGGUAUGGAAAGAAUACUACAUCACAUUAUCGGACAUACUCCAGCAACACCUGCCAUUUCCCACAACAGAUCUUACUACCGCAUAUCCCGAGUCGUCAUCGAAACCACAGCAACGAGCGGAAUUGAAACAAGUGGAAGCUCGCUACGAGGAAUUGCUUCUGAGUGAAGUACAGUUUCCGAAGGCGGAAGAACCGAGUGAGGAAGUCGAAGCAUUUGUUGAACUAGUGAUGCAAAACUGGAGAGUUUUAUGCGGGAAUACAUGGCAAGAACAUGAACUCGGCGAAGGAGGGGCGGAGGCAAUUAGUAGAAGUGUUUUGAACAUUCUGUACAACGCCGCAACUAAAACGUUCCAUUCAACGCCAAUUUUGCGACAUUUAUUCACCGUUCAUGUAGCGGUCGCGGAGUUUGAUUUAGCGUUUAAAGCAUUCGAUACUUAUUUGGAGAUUGUGAAAAGAGGAAAAGCUCGAGUGGAGAAAACUGGGGAGUUGGAACACGGUCUAGAUGACGACGAAACAGUUUUGAAAACGGCUGCCGAGUGCAUCAGAGCUUUAUGUCGAUAUGGCUCAAGACAAGGCGCAGAGAAGGCUAAAGACCUUGGCCAAUUUUUCGAGGAGUGGCUAACUAAACACUAUCCUGUCGAACAGCCACAUGAAACCGAGAAACUGCUUGAUAAUGGCACCUCGCCUGUUUCAAGCACUCCUAUAUCACCAAAUACAUUUGCCGUUGCUUGGCGGUCAAUCGGAAUCGGCUAUGCACAAUGGGCACGCUUAACUUUCGAUUCGUCUUCGAGAGGGGCCAUUCAAGUGAAGGCUAUAAAAUGCUUCCGCCGGGCUCUCCUCCCCGAGUAUAAGAGUACCGCAGAUGUAGAAACCCUUUUUGCAUUGGGCACAAUCCUUGCAGAACGCAGAGAGCUAUCGACAGCGAUCGAGGUUGUGAAAAUUGGGCUUGCUCCUCUGCGCUCCAAUUUGCAAAAUGGACAUGGCUCUUCCGUUGCAGCCAGAUUCUCAAGAGAAAGAUCUCUGAUACCGUUAUGGCAUCUUAUGGCUUUACUGCUGAGCGCAAGACAAGAUUUUAUGACAGCAGCAAGAUCUUGUGAAGGCGUCUUUGACCAAUUCGGGGAUUCAAAAAAUUUAUAUGGAGCAUCUGACCUUGACGGUUCAUUCAGAAGCGAGCACCUGAAUUCCAACGAAAACCUUACGCAGCAGAAUCGAGGCUUAGUAGAUGAAAUGGAUGAUUUUGAAAAAGCAAAUCUUUUGGAGGUAAAGAUGACUCAAUUGUCUCUUAUAGAAGUCCUUGAGGGCUCCGAGGUUGCAGUUAACUGUAGUGAUGAGCUUUUGACUCUAUAUACAAGACUGUUCGGUGAUCCUUCUAAAGAAACUGCCACUGCAGUAGUUCAAAGUGCUACGCUGGUGCCCCCCAAAAGUUCCGCAGGAACCCUUAGAAGCAUGAAAGGAAGUAUAUUUGGACGAACUCUGAAUAGGUCAAUGCGAAAGGAUAUGGUAGCUUCGAUGGAACAGAGCACAAUCUCUCAACGACCAGACAACACACAUGCCACGAUCAAUAGAGCACCAACUAUUCAAGUCACGCAUGAAAACGGUACAGCUGGAAGACAUCACCGCAGACGCUCUGGAGAUCAUCAUGAAAAGCUGCACAAAAAAUCAAGUGUCAGAAAUCCUUCUCAAGAGCCGAACAGAAGUGUGAGCGUAGGAAUGACCGACGGCACUGCGAGGGAGAUGGAUCUACAGAAUCGAGAGGAUCAUUCGGAACAAGGCUCAAAACCACUACCACCAACCUCACAGCAGAUGGAACACAAGGAGCCGGUUCUUAAACCAGUGGGCUCCAAUCACAUUGUUCAAGACAGUCGCCUUCCAAUUACACAUUUAUCAUCACUCAGCCCCACAACACGAUUCUCGAAAGAUUCCGAGAGGCGGCGGAGAAUAUCAACAUUAGUCAAAGUAUGGUUAUUGAUUGCCGGAUUUUAUCGGCGAGCAACCAUGUAUGAAGACGCUAAAGGUGCAAUCGAAGAGGCCCAUAAAUUAGUGCACGGCUUAGAAAUAGAUAUCAUCAAUGACCCAACAGGCCUCGCGUCAUUCGAUCAUUCUGGUUGGGGAGGUGGAAAGAGUGUGGCUGAAUUAUGGGGCGACGUUUUCUCGGAGCGUGGCUAUCUCUCUGUAGAUCAAUCUUCUCCAUAUACGGCACUUGAAAAUUUCGAGACUGCUUUAACUCACUUUGCUGACCACCCUGGCGCAAUCGUUGGGCUUUCCGAUAUCCUACUAGAUAUAUACACAGAAGAUCUUCUACCUCUUCCCACCAUGCCAGCUUUAGUUCUUCCCACGUUAUCUGCCAGUACUCCCUCGGCAUCUACCCUCAAUACCUUAGCGCAAUCCCAACCACAUCAGCCAACGCUUCCCUUUCCCACGAGCGGACCCCUUGGUCUUCCCCUUCCUACUCCUCCGAACCAAGACAUGCUAGCUGCUUCGAAAACUAAUCGAGCCGAUAAACUCGAUAGACUUGCAGCUCGGGAUCGUGCAUAUGGACUUUUAUCCGGUCUAACAAAAUUAGGUUCAGGUUGGAACUAUUCAGAAGCUUGGUAUUCGUUAGCCAGAGCAUAUGAACUAGGAGGACAGAAGGAUAAAGCGAGGGAGGUACUUUGGUGGUGUGUAGAGUUGGAGGAAGGUAGAGGAUUGAGAAGCUGGGAUGUGGUUAGCAGUGGUGGUUAUAUUCUUUAA